AAAAUAUUAUAAUUAUAAUUUAGGAGUUGACUCAUAAUGAUUAGCGGUUACAAAUUGAUGCUCAGAAAAGGAUGCGAAAGAAGGUUGAUGAACUGGAUCGGAGCCAGAAAUAUCCAUACUCAGGCUACACAUCAAGAGGAGAAUAAUGCUGUCCAACUUAGAGGAAAGUUACUCCACUCUACUCAAAGAGAUGCUCCAAAUUUGAUUUGGCUGCCAGAUUUAUUGGAGCCAGCUGAAAAUUUUGAGGAAUUUUUCACAAGGCCAAAUAAUAAAGUAUUGAAGGUCAGGAAUGUCCAUUUGUUGAACUACAGAAACUUUGGAAGCUCUGAUCAUCAUGAUUCAUUUGAGAUGAGAGACUUGGCAGAAGAUAUUGUUAGGUAUAUGGAUGAUAACAAAAUUACCUUGGCUACUAUUGGAGGUCAUGGAUUUGGUGCAAAGGUUGCUACAGCUACUGCUAUUGAUAACUUGGAUAGAUUUACUGGAGUUAUGUGAUUAGAUGGAGGUCCAGUUGACCAGAAAUUCCACCCAGCUUAUACUCAACUCAAGAAUUAUGUCCUUGAACUAUCAAAAUUGGAAAUGAAUAAAAUGACUAAAGGAGAAGUUGAAAAGAAAAUCGAUGCUAUUGUAGAUGAUCCUAACUGGAACAGAAUUAUUAAGCAGAAUCUUCAAAUUCAUAGAGAAGUCCCAGAGUUCGACUUCAACCUUGAAGGACUUGCUAAAAACAUGAAAAAGAGAAAUCCAGAUGUAGCAAGAUGGUGCGAAAGUUAUGGAUUAUGGCCAGGAAGAACAUGGGCACUUUUCGCCUCUUACUCUCAUUGGAUUCACUUAUCUACGAAUACCUUGCCAUUCUAUAAUGUGUUCCCAAGACUUCAAGGACAAUUCCCAUCAAAUGAUUUCAAUAUCUUUGGAAAUGAUGAGUCUCCAAGUAACCAUUGGAUGCAUCAGUCAGAAGAUGAAUCUGAGUCAUUCCAUCUAAGUAAUAGAAUGUGGAGAUGGUUGAGAAACAAAGAUGGUGUGCAUGUCCUCCACAAUGAUAGAACUGAGAUUGGAACAUACUUGCCUGAUAGAGGAACUGAUGCCAGCGUAGGAACCGGCCAAGGAGAGUACACUCCAGAGCAUGUUCAUCACAACUAUCGUUACACAAAUGUAUACGAGAAGAGCAGAGAGUUGAGAGGUGUUGAAGGAGCCAAGCCAGGACAGUUCUUAGAGAAAGGAUCGUGGAGCCCAGAAUCCAAGUGGUAAAUACAUCA